UGCCAGCACUACGGACACACUGUCAACAAGUGUGAGGCGCAGGAGGACACCUGCUCCCUGUCAAACUCAAAAUCUCUAAGACCUAACAGCUCUCCUCAGGAAGAAUUCCUUGGCUGUGGUCUGUGGUUUCCUGUAAGUAGAGUUGUUAGUGCGUCUUUAACGUCCAUUUCACUUUUUCCUGACAAACUCAGUCUCUGAUUAGAUUAUAACAAUAGACAUAAGAAAUUCACCUGACCCGUGACACUGACGUUCACUGUUCAGUGUACAAUGACCGAGUUGAAUAGAAUUUCUGUUGUUGGUGAGAUUAGCCUUGCUGGUGUAUAUGCGUAGGCCGGAACUGCCCCAGGCUCACAUAUAUACUAAUGCACAAUGAAGAAUCACACGCUCGUGACUCUUCCUCAACGCAUCUCCAGGUAUGUGAACGAUUGUUUCCCGCCGCCAUGUUAAGUCAGUUUUACUUAGUCGAUUUUGUGAAUAUCAGUGUUCAUGUUUUAACAUAGUACAUAGUGAAAUAAUCAUGUACCAAGUAAUUCGAGUAAAGUAAGUGUCGUCUGUAUUGCUGCCAGACGUAAAGUUUUGAGUAUUUGAGUUAGACAUUGACACGCUCAUGACUCUUCCGCAAUGCAUCUCCAGGCACUGUCUGUGUUGGCACACUACCGAGGUUCGGUAGCCGCCUAUGGGCAAGAUGGUUCUUGAAGGAUGUCUUUAAUAUGGCGGGAUAAGAAUCCGAGGACAAGAUUACCCAGGGAACGCCGUGUGGAGACACUGCACCGAGUCUACCCCCGGGCGCUCCUUGAGAGCGAGCCUCGGCUGUCUGUGGCACAGUGCACGAAGCUGCCAUGAAUGGGUGGAUGAAGCCGGUGAAAGAAUACCUGAAACAUGGUGAUGUGAACGCCAUGUACAAUGGGUGGACCUUAUUGCACACCGCUUGCUGCCAUGGAAGAGACAAGGUGGUGAAAGAGCUGGUCAAUAACCCACAUAUCUGCGUCAACCUGCACAGGUCUACAGAAACUGCCCUCAUGAUGGCCUCCAUGAAAGGGCACAAAGAUUGUAUUGAUAUUCUGAUGAGAACGCAAUUCAAGUGCAAACUGGACACUGAUGCCAAGAACAGCAGUGGCAACACAGCACUUGACCUUGCCUUUUUGUACAAACGAAAAGAUGUAGCCUUUCUUCUUAUGUCAGUUAAAAUGAAGGAUCAAGACAGUGUUCCCAGUGAAGAAAAAGUAAAUAAAUUAGCACAUCAUGAAAAAUAGUGUAUUGCAGUAUUUUCCUGCAUGGGAGUAUGCUGGAUUUACUUAAAGUAGGUAAUCAGCUCUCCAAAAUAUCUAGCAAAUGUAUAAAACAGAAUGAUAUGCAUGAGAACAUUAUCUUCCUCAUGUAUACAUACAAAAUAUUCUAGAAUCUUCAUAUAAAGACUCAACAGCUGUUGCUUAUCCUGGUCAUAUCAGCAUCAUAAUAGUUUGGAGAAUGAGUGGUGCUUUUUCAGUUGUGUAGGUAUUGAAUAUUUAAUACUGUGAUCCCUCGCUUAACGAACACAAUUCGUUCCACAGAGUCGUUCGUUAACCGAAAAUUUUAUUAACCGAAUCUACUAUUUCAAUGGGAUAAUGGGUAAUUGGUUCCAACUCACAGAAACAGUACAUACAAAGUACUGUAUACCAGUAAUAGAAUUAACAAAACAUUAAA